AUGACAACUCUUGAAGAUUUUUUCCUCUCAGACCUUGAUCACUUGUCUGAAUUCGAAACAGAAACAGUAAAGAAUGAUGCUCAAAAGGAAAAAGAAGUAGAAGAGAUUAUUGUUAACUACAAUGAUCUUUCAAAUCCCCAGAAAACUCAGAGAUUCGUUGACAUUAUGCAGAAAGUGGAAGAGGUUUUAGAUUCUGAAUACAAGCUAAUCCUAGACUGUAAUAAGCUCUUAGUCGAAAUCGACAAGGAAAUUGUCAUGAUCCACACCUUUAUCCGUCAAAAUUAUAGACUCAAGUUUCCCGAUUUAGAGUUUCUUGUAACUCACGCAAUCGAUUAUGCUCGUGUUGUUAAAAGAAUCGGUAAUGAGAUGGAUUUAACCCUCAUUGAUCUAGAAGGUCUUCUUCCUAAGAAUCUCAAGGACUUUCUUGAGGCUAAAACGAGAUCCGUCGCGCCGAAUCUGUCUGCAAUUGUCGGGAGUAAAGUUGCAGCCAAGCUUAUUGUAAGUGCUGGAGGUUUAUCAGCAGUUGCUAAUAUGCCUUCUACUUGUAAUGUUCAACAACUUGUUGGUCACAAGAGGAAGAAGGAAUUUGUUGAGUCUCUUGACGGUUAUCUAGAGGAGACAGAGAUUGUCCGAAACAGGCCUUUUGAGUUUCGGUCUGAUGCUUGUGAGCUCUUGGCUGAAAAACUGAAUUUAGCAGCAAGAAUUGACUUCACUAGAGGAGACUCUUCAGGGGGAAAAGGUAAAGCUUUUAGAGACGAGAUUCUUGAGGAGAUUGGUAAUUGGCAAGAACCUAAGCGUAAUUGUGAAGAGGGCUCUGAAGAUGAAGGAUAUGAAACCGAGUUGCCCCGUCCUUGGACGGUAGAAUUUGGCUUAGAGUACUCCUUCUGUGAGUUUGGGUCAUUCUCCAAAAGACAAAGAAGAUUUGAUUGGGAUUAA